CUUGUAGAAAGGGGCAGGAGUCACAAUCCUGAAUAGACAGCCACUUACUUUCCCUCCGCUGGGCUCACAAACAAUCCAGCUGCACAUUUCCACUCACUUUCUCCCUCAAUAGUGCAUUCUUCCAGCAGUUUGAAGCAGGACAGUGAGGGGGAGCAACUUCCAGAACAGAGAAGUGAAAACACAAGAGGACAGCUCAAGAAAAACUUCAACACGCAGCCAUGAAGGACAAAGUGAGGAGAGGGGGAGGAAGAAAUCAGGCCAAGACUGAUGUAAUCAGUGCUCCUGGUGCCAAGAAUGCUGUUGGUAUCAAGCAAGAAGAGGACACAUCAUUCCCUGUGAAGAUCCAGGGAGCAGGUGUAGAUCCAUUUGAGCUGCAGGUCCAUGGAUUUUGGCUUGUCCAAGAUGCAGUAAUGACCCUGCUUUCAAGGGAUGAGGUGUGUCCGCGCUCCAACCUGUCACUGGCUCUAGCUGGUACAACUCUGGAUCCCCUUGCAGAACUGCAAAGCCUCAAGGGCCUUAAACCAGGAGCCAUUAUUCGUCUGGUGGAAGAGCCCUACACCGCCUGCUCAGCCAGGCUCCAUUUGGCCCGUGUCCUGGAGCUGCUGAGAGCAUCUGGACCACAGGAUGCACUGAGAGAAGGACGCUCACCAAGCCUACUGGGGACACUCACACAUACGCAAACACCAGACUCCAGCCUACUGAACGGAAAGAGCCUGAAACGCUCUUUAAGCAACACAAAGACAGAAUCAACCAACCAGGAUGGAGCUCCUCCCGAGUACCUCCUCCCCGGUUCCUCAGAAAGACCGGUCAUGGCCCUGCUACCACAUAGCUCCCAGCCAGAGGCUCUCAGUUAUCUGAGGGACCUGUCUCUCAGCUGUUGGAACCCUCCUCCAGGACACAGGAAGCUGCAGGGAGACUUCCUAUACAUCUCUGUGGUGACGAUGGAGGGACGACGGUGUGAAAUCACAUCUUGUCCAAAAGGUUUCUUCCUCAGCAGGUCUACAGAAGUUGCGUUUGACCCUCGUCCUGCACAGUCUUCUCCAGUUUGUCACUGUUUCACUGACCUGCUCUGUCACAUCAGCCCUGCCUUCAAACAAACGUUUACUACACUCAAAAACAGGCCUCAGUUACCACCAGUAGAGGUGAUGCCCACUGCUUACCACACACUGAGCUGGCUUGGGCCUCCCUGUGCCUCUCGCACUCACAGAAACACCUUCAGCAGACUGGGAGUAGAUGAACUGGCAGCAAGACAGGCUCUGGACUGGAAUGAGGAGUUGCAAGCAGCCAGAGAUCUUCCACAAGGCAGCCUGGAGGAGAGGCUGCAGAGAGACAGAGCUCUGCUCCAGGUAAACAGUGCAUUUGUGAGGGCUGUCAUGCAGGGGGCAGAGACUGUUUUAGAUGGCUUUGUGGAGCCAGUAAAUGGAAACCCAGACGACCCUGCUUUCCUGUGGGGUGGUCUGUUCAUGAGCCAGGGGACAGCAAGUGCAGCGUUUGGUGCGGAAAGGGGUCGCAGGGCAGCUCAGAGGCUGGAGCUUAAAGGAGUACAAGCCUACACUGACCUAGAGGGGCUGGAAGGGCUGCACACACUACCUACAGCCACUGUAGACUACAGAGGUGUACGCCUGUCUGCCCAGGGUCUUGCCCCUGGAUUGGAUGGCUCAGAGCAGGACCAAGGAACUACUCCUGCCUCAAGAGGCUUGCUGUAUGGGGUAAAUGCUGGACCCCAAGAGUCCCCUCAUCGCAGACGGCUACUAGCGCUCUUGGCUCAUGCUGCCAAAUCUCUUUCUCUCCAGAGACAUGUUGUUGUGGCACCCAACGGUCACCAGGUACCACUGUUCACCUCAGUGGAUGCUCAGGGACUGUUGGGAGCUGAUGGGAGGUUCUACAUACUGGAUGUGUUCAGGAGCUUCCCGGCUGAUGCCAACUUCUGCCCAGCGGUGGAGACGGAAAGUCAGACAGUCACUGGAGAAGAGGAGAGGAAAGAAAAGUGUGAUGAGGAUGAAAAGAAGGGUUGUGUAAAAGAAGGUUGGCCAGAGAAUUAUCACACAGACUUUGGGCUUCCAAAGAGCUUUCCUCACGGCCUCUGUAGACUGAGGCCAGAGCUGGUGCAAGCUUUCAUCCAGCACAAACAUUGUCAGUUCACUCAGCGUGUCAGGGAGACACUGGACCAGAAUGGAGGCUUUGAAGAAUGUGCAACAGCAUGUGACUCUCGAGCUACUGCUGCAGUACGAGCUGCUUGUAAAGAUGUGGGCUCAGUUAGUGACAUCAUCUUUGAGAUGCGCUUUAACCCAAGCGUCUUUUCUCCAGGGAUAUCCUUCCCUCCUGGUGAAAGUGCAUCAACAAACCUGCAGGGGAGGUUACUUCGGGAAGCUGCAGCUUUCAUCAUCACACACCAGAUACCAGCCUUUAUUGAGUAUUGCCUACAAAGCUAUGAGGCACCAAUAGAUGGAGCUUCUCUAAAACAGACACUACACCAGCAAGGCAUCAACCUCCGGUAUCUGGGCCAUGUGUUCAAGGCUAUUAACCAGUCAGAACACAAGGAGCGCAUGAGGCAUAUAAUGAGAUCAGUCAUAGGUGAAAUUUUCAUCCGUUCAACAAGAAGAGUGUUCAACAGCUUCCUCCAGGGUGUGGAUGUGCCAAGUCUCUCUGCUGCUGUCAGUCACUUCCUCUGCUGCCUAUUGGUUCCCCACUUCACACCCACUCCUGUAGGGGAGGAGACAAAAAAGAAGUCAAGGCGGCGUGGCCGAGGUGCCGGGGCCCCUGAAAGCACACCCUGGAGCGUGCUCACAGGGGUUGAGCUGUGGAACCUGGUCUGCCAGGACGCUGCUGAGACAUACAACAUCUCUGACAGCCUUGGAAAAACUGUCAAUUUUCUCUGUGGCAGCUCUGGUCCGAACCACCUUGUAGAGCACUAUGGCCUUCAGAAGCUCUCUCUGCUCAGAGAGUUCUGUUUAAAGACCGGAGUACAGUUGAGACUGAGAGACUAUUGUUUCGACAACCAAAGUAAAGCUCCCGUUGGUCCAGACGACAUCCUCAACAUCUUCCCUAUUGUCAAGCACAUUCACAUGCCAACUGUGGAUGCUUCAAAAGCAUAUCGUGCCGCACAGAACUCCAUUCAGAAAGGUCUGUUGGAUCAGGCCCAUGAGCACCUGAAAGAAGCAACCUACUUAUUUGGUAGGGUGUGUGAUGACCUGCACCCUGAAGCCUGUUACUGCCACAGCCUGUUGGCAAGGGUGGCCUUCCUGCAGGGAAAGGCAGCUGAGGCUCGCAGUGUCCAGCUGAAAGCAGUGGUCAUCAGUGAGAGGGUGCUCGGCUUUGACCAUCCAAACACCAUCCAGCAAUAUGCCCUCUUGGGUGUAUAUAUGUAUGCUGGAGGGGAGACCGCCCUGGCUCAGAAGUGUCUCCUCAGAGCUCGUCUGCUGAUGAUAACAGUCCACGGAGAGGACCAUCCCUACACCGCAACACUGGAUAGCUGUCUUGGGUUGGUGCUGACAGGAGGUCAGACAGGACAGUUCCUAAAGAAUGCCCUCAGACUUAACACUUCCUUCUUCAGCCCCACAGACUCGCAUACUGCUCUCAAUCAGCACCUGUUGGCCCAGUGGAUGUGCAGUAAGGGUGACUACCGAAGUGCUAUGACCCAUGAGAAAGAGGCCCUCAAUGCUUUUACUUCAUUGUUUGGAGAGGAUCACCCACAGACACACCGCAGCAAAGAGUUUCUGUGCACCAUUACCAAGCAAGCAGUGCAAGUGGAACGUGCUCUCAGACAGGCAGGAGCUGACUGCACUGAGCAAACAGUGGAGUGUCUGACUCCCACUACUGAUACCAUUUUGGAGCAGAUGGUUCUGGUGACAGGAAUCAGGACGAUCACACAAAGUGACAGGUUCCAGGAGUAUAAGCAGAAACACCUGGAAAGAAAGGCAGCAGUGGCAAAAGAACUCGGAUUCAAACUAAGUAACGAGCCCGUCGCCUCAGAGACUGUGAACGGAAGAAAGAAAGGCUCAGAUCAAGAAACAGGACGCGGAAAGGAAGCUGAGGGUGGAGGAAGCCAAGCAGUGGAGAAUAACAGCGAGGGCCAACAGGGGCAGCUGGUGGAGGAGGUGUCAGUGGAGAGUGCUGCUGUAGUUUCAGCUAAUGGUCAUGUGGUGGAGCCAGUUGAAGAAAACCAUUAUGAGGAGAAAACAGAUGUGGAUGGAGGACACAGUGGGGACAGUGACAGAGCAGCUUCAGAUGCUGAGGUCAAAAUAGUGAACGGGGAAUCAGAGGUCAGGGCUGCAGGAGAGGAAAGUGAGAGCAGUGUUCAAGAUGGAGUAGAGAGCUGCACGGCCAAUGGGGAGAUGAAAUCUGAAGCAACAUGCGAUAAGAUGAAGGCAGAUGAGAAAGAUGGUGAAAUAAAUGGAGCGAGAGACGUCACUGCCACCCCUUCAGUCCUUAAGAGUAAAGGGACCUGGGCAGAUGUCGUUGUUUCAAAGGCGAUUGUAGCCAAUGGAACAGGAGACAAAGACACGGCAGUCAACUGAGAAGCAGAUAACGUCACUGUCGAUGGAACAGCUGAAGCGUGAACACAUAUCAAACAGGUAAACAGUGUUGUAGUCAAGUUUUUCCAAAGUCCCUGCUAUAAGAUAAAACUCUCCCAGGAUCCUAGAUGUAAUUUGAUCCAUUGAACAUGAAGCAGAGAAUAAGAUAGCAGAGAGUGAGAGGAUGAGUAUCACUUUGUGUUGGAGAGGUUAUUACUGAUGCAGGGAGAGGGCUGUACUGUUAAGUGUUAUUUUUUUCAACAAUAAACUUUAUACUCUGGUAUAUUAAACAUAUGCCUUCUCCUCUUUAACAGCAAAUAUUGUUUUUGGCACACACACAACUGGAGACAAUAAAUACACAUGCAAGGUAUAAAUCUAUUAAUAAUCUAUUAAUUGCAAAGUUGUGAUUCAGAUGUAAAAAAAAACAGCCAAUCCAAGCAAAUUAAAUGAAAAUAUGAAGACAUUUUCCUUUCGAGGUGACAAGCAGAAGGUGGAAAAUUAUGCAAUAAAAAUGGGAAGGAUCGUGUAUUUGGAAUAUAAAAAGCUUUCAUAAAAUUGUACUGUUUGUAAGAUGUCAUAAAGUUGAAUGUGAAAGAUGUUAACAAGAAAAAACACCUAUAGGAUAUUUCUGUUGAAAUAUAAUAUGAAUGUAAUGGACUAAACCAGUGUUUACUACCGUUUACUAGCUCUACAAGUUUCGGGUGAAUUACUAUCGGUCACUUUAAUAAACAUACCGUAGUGAUUUUCCUGUGUACUUAGAUUUCCAUUCACGUAAAUAAGACAAAAGAUGUGCAGAGCGUGAAAUGUGCUUGACAUAUUAAAACAUAUUCUUAAAACCGUGUUUAAUUAUUUAUUUUUGAUCAGAGGGACAUUAUUGUUGCAUGGUAAUGCAUUUGGAAAAACAUCAUUUUGAAAGUCUCUCUUGUGUCGGUGUUUUCCAGCAAGGUCUGACAAUGGAAAAAGAGUCAUCUGCUGAACAACAUAGCAUUCAUGAGUAGAUCUGAAAAGUAUAAUGUAAAUCUGGCCGCUUCCUUCAUUAAACAAGACUGU